AUCCUCACGGUCGUCGCUCCACUCAUCCAAAUCUUCCUAACGUCAUUAAUCCGCAAUAAUCCGUUGGUCGUCUAAGUUAUGCUAAUUGCAAACAGACAAAGUCGCAGAUGUGUCAACGGAUGAACGAUGACAGUAAUGCUUGAACUAGUGCCAGUCAUCUUUGUGUAUUCUCACAUCAGUAGUUUCAGUAUACAUAUCGCGAUGAAGUUCAGCAUAGAGUCCACAGCUUCCUACAACAGCAUCCAUCCAGCAUAUCACUACACUGAGCAGUUCGCCAACAAUGGCGAAACCUAUCGGGACGGCACCAAAUGGUACGGGGUGUUCCUGGCGUUUAUAUCAGGCACUUUCUUCACCAUCAGUUCCGCCUUAGUCAAAGCGAUUCGCAACGUAGACCCCAUGAUUUUGUUGGUCAUUCGCGCCCUGAUGCAGAUCCUAGCAAUGGCUGUCGUGGCCUGCAGAUCGUCCAGCAAUCUUUUCGGCCCUUCCGGCCAAAGAAUACUCAUACAUUUUCAGGGCCUGGUAGGCGGCAUGACCCUGUCGUUGCUUUAUUAUAGUUUUCGAGAAUUACCUUUAGGUGAUGCUACCACGAUCAUAUUCAGCUCACCGGUGAUCGUCAUCGCGCUAUCUUUCCUCUUUCUAAAAGAACCCUGCGGUGUUCUGCGCAUACUGGUAGUCUGCACGCUUCUAACAGGCGUUGUCCUCGUUGCCAGACCACCUUUUUUAUUCCAGAUGCAUCGUGCCGAGAGCUAUAAUCUUAUGGGAUAUCUGUGCGCCAUCCUGGCCACUCUCUUCACAGCGCUCAACAUCGUCGUCAUGAGAAAGUGCUCGGAGAUACAUUACUCCAUCCUGGUGUUAAACCUAUCGUGUUGGUCAUUCGUCUCUGCCGUGUUCUUUUACUUCACGGUGUCCGGACAUGGUAUCGGUCAUGAGCUUCACAAAUUUCGACUACCACACGAUUGGUUCACCUGGGGCCAGAUCUUGCUGGUGGCAUUGACUGGCCUUACCGGUCAGGUGUUGGUCACAAAGGCGCUUAAGAUUGAGAGCGCGGGUAAGGUAUCGGUCACCAGAUCGCUGGAUAUCAUCCUAGCCUAUCUGAUCCAGGUUUACCUGUUCGGCGAGAAGCCCACGUCCACCAGUCUAACCGGUGCGAUCCUCAUCAUCUCCUCUGUUGUCUGCAUGGGUUUCGAGAAGGAGAUCUACGCGGUCUGCGAUUUCAUUCCUUAG